CCCGGCGAGGGGGCGGGGCAGGGGAGGAGCUCCCCGUGGCCGACGUCACGCGGUCACGUGGCGCUCCUUCCACUACCGCACUGCGGAAAAACAUGGCGCCCCGGGCGAUGAAAGCGGCGAGAUGCCCGACGGACGAGCUCUCCAUCACGAACUGCGCCGUCGUCCACGAGUCUGACCUCAAGUCCAUUCACGUGGCGGUGAUCACGGGCCCAGGGCAACGCUACGUGUUCACACUGAAGAGCCAUCACUCUGUAGUGCCAGGGACCAUCGCUUUCAGCCUACCCCAAAGGAAAUGGGCAGGGUUGUCACUGGGACAAGAUGUGCAAGUGGAGCCGUUUGAGUUUGACAAGACCAAGAACAGCAUCGGCACCAUGACCAUCGAGGUCGACUUCCUGCAGAAGAAGACGGCCGACUCGAAUCCCUACGACUCGGACAAAAUGGCCACGGACUUUGUUGGCCAGUUCAUCAGCCAGUCGUUCAGCGUGGGCCAACAGCUUGUGUUCAGCUUUGCCGGAAAGCUGUUUGGGCUGAUAGUGAAGGGAAUUGAGGCCGUGGACCCAAAUAUCCUCAAGGGCGAUGCAACCAGCGGCAAACAAAACAAGAUCCUGACGGGCGUCAGCUACCAGAACACGCAAGUGAUCUUUGAGAAGGCGGAGAACUCGAAUCUCAACUUGACGGGAAAAUCCAAAACCAAGCAGGGUCGGCAGUCGAUCAUCAACCCGGACUGGAACUUUGAGAAGAUGGGAAUCGGUGGUCUCGACCGAGAGUUCUCCGACAUCUUCCGGCGGGCCUUCGCAUCCCGCGUCUUCCCUCCCGACAUCGUCGAGCAGAUGGGGUGCAAACACGUGAAGGGCAUCCUACUGUUCGGGCCGCCGGGCUGCGGCAAGACGCUGAUGGCGCGGCAGAUCGGCAAGAUGCUCAACGCGCGCGAGCCCAAGAUCGUCAACGGGCCCGAGGUUCUCAACAAAUACGUGGGCGAGUCGGAGGCCAACAUCCGCAAGCUGUUCGCCGACGCGGAGGACGAGCAGAAGCGGUGCGGCGUCAACAGCGGCCUGCACAUCAUAAUCUUCGACGAGAUCGACGCCAUCUGCAAGCAGCGCGGCAGCAUGGCCGGCAGCACGGGCGUGCACGACACGGUCGUCAACCAGCUCCUCUCCAAGAUCGACGGAGUGGAGCAGCUCAACAACAUCCUCGUCAUCGGAAUGACCAACCGCCCCGACCUCAUCGACGAAGCUCUGCUGCGACCGGGGCGUCUGGAGGUCAAGAUGGAAAUCGGUCUCCCGGACAAUAAGGGCCGCAUCCAGAUCUUGAACAUCCACACGGCGCGCAUGCGUGACAACGGGCUGCUGGCGUCCGACGUGGACGUCAACGAGCUGGCGGUGGAGACGAAGAACUUCAGCGGCGCCGAGCUGGAGGGGCUCGUGAGGGCCGCGCAGUCCACCGCCAUGAACCGCCACAUCAAGGCGACCACCAAAGUGGAGGUGGACAUGGAGAAGGCGGAGCGGCUCCAGGUGACGCGGGAGGACUUCCUGGGAGCCCUGGACAGCGACAUUAAGCCCGCGUUCGGCACCAACACGGAGGACUACCAGAGCUACAUCAUGAAUGGAAUCGUGAACUGGGGCGAGCCGGUGCACCGCGUGCUCGAGGACGGGGACCUGCUCGUGCAGCAGGCCAAGAUGAGCGAGCGCACGCCGCUCGUCAGCGUGCUGCUCGCGGGCCCGCCCAACAGCGGCAAGACGGCGCUGGCGGCGCGAAUUGCCGAGAAGUCCAACUUCCCUUUCAUCAAGCUGUGCUCCCCGGACAAGAUGAUCGGCUUCUCGGAGAACGCCAAGUGCCAGGCCAUCAAGAAGACUUUUGACGACGCGUACAAGUCGCAGCUGAGCUGCGUGGUGGUGGACGACAUCGAAAGGCUUCUGGACUACGUUCCCAUCGGCCCUCGCUUCUCCAACCUGGUGCUGCAGGCGCUGCUCGUCCUUCUCAAGAAAACGCCGCCCAACGGCCGGAAGCUGCUCAUCAUCGGCACGUCGAGCCGCCGGGAGGUGCUGCAGGAGAUGGAGAUGCUGGACGCCUUCAGCACCACCAUCCACGUCUCCAACAUCUCCAAGGGCGAGCAGCUGAUGGACGCGCUCGAACAACUGAGUAGCUUUGAGGACAAGGAGAGGGCCAAGAUCUCUCAGUACGUGAAGGGCAAGAAGGUGUGGAUCGGCAUCAAGAAGCUUCUCACGCUCAUCGAGAUGGCCAUGCAGACAGAGCCACACCUCCGCGUGAGCAAGUUCCUGUGCCUAAUGGAGGAGGACGGAGGGUUGCAGGAAUCGUGAGAUGGGAGGCACGGCGCGGGAACGAGCGUGACGAUCGCCCACCCACCCCACUCACUCCCACCCCACUCACCCACCCACCCCACUCACCCACCACUCUCAGCCACUCCUCUCACUCCCACCCCACUC